CUUUGACAACAAAGAGAGACAUGCAUGGCAUACGCGAGUGAACCAUGGCGAUGGAAGACAACGGCGAUGAUGGAGAACGGCCCGAGUCCUCAUCGGACGAGUCAACACGGCCGGAAUCGGAGGACGAACCCGGCGUCGCGGAGGUGGAGGAGGUGCAGCGAGUCAUCGAAUCGGUGGUUCAAUUCGGCGAGUACCGGAGGACGCAGCGGAAGGAGUCUCACAACCUCGCGCGGCGUUUCAAGCUCAUGCUUCCUCUCAUGGAAGACCUCCGUGACCUUCAACCUCCCGUUCCUGAAAACGGCGUCGUUUGGUUGGUGAAUCUCAGGGACGCGCUUCUCUGUGCUAGGGACUUGUUGAGAUUGUGCAGCCAAGGAAGCAAGAUCCAUCUCGCAUUGGAGAGCGAGGCGGUUAUGAUAAGGUUUCAGAAUGUGUAUGAAAAAUUGAGCCAAGCGUUUGAUGGUGUUCCUGCUGAUGAAUUGGGUAUCUCAGAUGAGGUCCAAGAACAGCUUGAGUUAAUGCACGUGCAACUCAGGCGAGCCAGAAGAAGGACCGAUACACAGGACAUAGAACUUGCAAUGGAUAUGAUGGUGGUGUUCUCUGAUGAGGAUGACCGCAAUGCUGAUAGUGCUAUUGUUGAGAGGCUGGCAAAGAAGCUGGAGCUUCACACUGUUGAGGAUCUUGAGGUAGAAACAGUGGCUGUUAGGAACCUUGCUACAGAAAGAAAAGGGCAACAGGCUGAUAGUACCCAACGGAUAAUUAAACUUCUAAACAAGUUCAAACAAAUUGCAGGCAUGGAAGAAAGCAAUGUCAUUGAUGAUCCUGUCAUGCCCAAGAUGCUUGGAAGGAGCACCUCUCUGGUCAUUCCUCAUGAGUUUCUAUGCCCAAUAACACUAGAAAUCAUGACCGAUCCUGUUAUUGUUGCCAGUGGACAGACAUAUGAAAGGGAAAGCAUAGAGAAGUGGUUUGAAUCCAGCCAUAACACCUGCCCAAAGACAAGACAACCUCUGGCUCACCUACAACUAGCACCAAACUGUGCCUUAAAGAACUUGAUUGAGGAGUGGUGUGAGAGCAACAACUUCAAACUUCCUAAAAAAUACACUGCAGCUCAAGAAAGCUGUCCCAUUGAGAACAAAGAGGAGAUCCCAUCUUUGGUUGAGAGCCUCUCUUCCAUUCACUUGGAGGAGCAGAGAAAGGCGGUGGAGAAGAUUCGUAUGUUGUCAAAGGAAAACCCUGAGAACCGGGUUUUGGUUGCUGAGCAUGGAGGAAUACCACCACUAGUACAACUAUUAUCCUAUCCAGACUCAAAAAUACAAGAGCAUGCAGUGACAGCACUUUUAAAUCUUUCAAUUGAUGAGGGUAACAAGAGACUCAUAUCCACAGAAGGGGCAAUUCCAGCUAUUAUAGAAGUGUUGGAGAAUGGAAGUGCUGUGGCUAAAGAAAAUUCAGCUGCAGCUUUAUUCAGCUUGUCAAUGCUUGAUGAGCUUAAAGAGAUGGUGGGUUUAUCAAAUGGGAUUCCACCAUUGGUUGAGUUGUUAAGAACUGGGACAGUUAGAGGGAAGAAAGAUGCUAUUACAGCACUUUUCAACUUGUCUCUAAGUCAUGCAAACAAAGGUAGGGCCAUUAGAGCUGGCAUUGUGCCACCUUUGCUUGCUCUGCUCAAACAAACAAACUUGGGCAUGAUUGAUGAAGCACUCUCCAUUUUACUUCUUCUUGCAUCAAAUCCAGAUGGAAGACAAGAGAUUGGAGAGCUCUCCUUCAUUGAAACUCUUGUAGAGUUCAUCAGAGAAGGAACCCCCAAGAACAAGGAAUGCGCAGCUUCUGUUCUGCUUGAGUUGUGUUCAAAUAACUCAUCGUUUAUACUGGCAGCACUUCAGUUUGGAGUUUAUGAGCAUUUGGCUGAGAUCAAAGAAAGUGGAACAAAUAGAGCACAGAGGAAAGCAAAUGCUAUCUUAGAGCUCAUAACCAGGAGUGAACAAAUUUAAUUAUCUUGCUUUCUCAAUGUAGGUACAAAUCUUUUUUUUUUCAUAGUAAAUUAAUUAUACUGAUUCUUUCACAAUUGUUGAUGUACAAAGUACAGUUAAAAAGUGUAAUUAAAUUCAUUAUAACUA